AUGUCUAUGCGAAGACAAGGAUCUUCUAGACCUGCAGACCCAAACAGUCAAGGAAACGUUAUCGUUGCAUGCCGUUUUCGACCCCUCAACGAAAAAGAAAAAGAAUUUAGUAUGGACUCUGUUGCAGAAUUUCUCCCAGAUGGCAAAACAGUCGUUAUCAACCAGAAAUACGAGAACUUCGGGACCUUGAAAUUUUCAUUUGACUAUGUAUUUCCUCCAGACACCGAACAGUCUACAGUCUACGACUGUUCAGGUAUAAAAAUCGUAGAAUCAGUUAUGCAAGGCUUCAAUGGGACCAUCUUUGCAUAUGGGCAAACUUCUUCAGGCAAAACUUAUACUAUGAACGGCCCAGAUGUUGAUAAUAUUCAACUGAUGGGGAUCAUCCCACGUAUGAUUUAUACGGUUUUCAAUAAGAUUGAAAAUAGUGAAGAACAUAUUGAGUUUUCAGUAAAGGUAGGAUAUUGCGAAAUUUAUUUAUUCCCUCCUCCUGAGUUUAUGAGAAAUUAGCUCCUUCAGUGAGCGAGAAAAGAAUAUUAUUAUAAAAAUAUUUUGUUUAUAAAUAAUAAUUACUAUAAUGAAACCUUCAAUUAUUCUAUUAAAUUUUAAACAACUUUAUUUUUAUAAGUAAAAAUAUAAUUUAAGCUUGAAUUUUGAAAAAAAAAAUCAAUACAAAAUUAUAAAAAUUAAAAAACAAAUUCCCAGUGAGCCAAAAAUUUUACUCCCUCAUGCAGGCGGGGAGUUAGAAAGAAUAAAAGACUUAUUAGACCCUUCUAAAGAUAACUUGAAAAUCCAUGAAGAUAAAGCAAGAGGAGUUUACAUCUCAGGACUCAGUACUCAUUAUGUGUCAAAUAACGUGGAAGUUUUAGAUCUAAUGAAAAUUGGGCUCAAAAAUAGAGAAGUUGGCCAUACCAAUAUGAAUUCCGAGUCAAGUAGGUCGCACUCGAUAUUUAUUAUGACGAUACAGCAGACGAAUACGCUAGACUUGUCAAGUAAAACUGGGAAAAUGUAUAUUGUUGAUUUGGCUGGGAGUGAAAAAGUGUCAAAAACUGGGGCAGAAGGAAAAAGACUUAGUGAAGCUAAAAAUAUCAAUAAGUCGCUGACUACAUUAGGAAUGGUUAUUACCUCAUUAAUUGAAGGAAACUCUCAUAUUCCUUAUAGAGAUUCGAAGUUAACAAGAGUUCUGCAAGAUUCUUUAACCCUCUCCCAUUUAAUUAUGAAUGAAACCGCGAUUUUUCCGAAUUUUUUCUCACAUUUAAUAAUGAACAAAUUUAGCAUUCAAAUUUAAAAUUGAUUUUAAUUGCAAUUACAAAUGGCUUAUAAUAUAUUCAAACACUUCUAAAUAAUAUAUCAUUUUGUUUUCCCAUUCUUUUAAAAUCCCAAUAAGUCCGGAAUAUUUUUUCAAAUAUGUUUUGGGGAAAAUAAAUUAUUUAAACUUUGGCAAUCCAUGUCUCGGCGUUAUACUUGUUAACAAUUUUCAACGCUUUUGAUAAAAUAUUUUAUAUUAUACUUUAAUUAUUUUGCGAUUUAUCUACUCAUAAUCCUUUAAUUGAUAUAGCCUGAAGCAUUAAAAAAAAAAUAACAAAAUUUUCAUAUAGUUUUUUACUUUUAUAGAGAGCAAAAAAUGUUUAUUAUUAAAUGGCUGUAGAGCUAGGAGGAAACUCAAAAACUUCCCUAAUUAUCACCUGCUCUCCAUCCCCUUACAACGAAUCUGAAACAGUCAGCACUCUCAGGUUCGGAAUCAUGGCAAAAAGUAUCAAAAACAAGCCAAAAAUUAACAGAGAAUACACAGUGUCUGAGCUUAAGCUAAUGCUCCAAAAAGCCCAGCAGGAAAUCGAAAAAAAAGACAAAAGAAUUGAGCAGCUCGAAAAAAUUAUAAGCCAGCAAGGGAUUUCUCUGCCAAGCGACACUCUUGAUAUCACCAAAACAACCAAUGAAUCUGACUCAGAAGAAGACGAAAUCAAAGACAAAGAAGACAGUAAAGGCGGAGAAUAUAUGGAAGUCAUUCAUGAGCUUGAAGAAACCAGAACAAAACUAUCAAAAGAAUUGGAAAAUAAUUUUAAACUAAAAAGCAGUGUAGAUGAGCUUACCAAGGCUUAUGAAAUUUUUGUCGAAAACGUAGAGGAAAUGUAUAGAGAAAUCCAUAAAGAAGCACAUGUAAAAAAUCCAUCAGAAAUAUUGGAAAAUCUGCAAGCCGCAAAAAGAACUUUGGAGCAGCAAGCAGCUAUGAGAGAAAAAAUGAAAUUUGAUUUAGAAAUUAAGUUUGACUCGAAUUGGCAGAAGUUAAAUCAGAUUGAAGGGUAUGAAAAUGAGCUUGAGACGUUUGGAGAGUGCAAGAGGCAGAUUGAUGUACUUGAAAGACAAUACAGGAAUUUCUUAGAUAGAUGCUCAUUAAUCAACGAAAACAAAAAAGAUGAGAAAAACUUUAACCAAAACUUUAUGUUUAAAUGAAGAAGGAAAUCAAGAAAUAAAGAAUAUGAAAAAAUAGUAGAGGAUGAGGAAGAAAAAGUGACUGAUGACUUAGAGCCAAGUAGUCCACCGCCAGAGAUUUUUGAGCCGAAACAAAGUGGAGUUAUUAAGAAAACUAUUAAGGGUGGGACUGGCUUCUUUACAAGGAUUCCACAGCUGAAGGAUUCAUCUUUUUUCUCAACAUAGAUUAGAUUAAGUGAAAUCGUUUAGAGUCUCUGGGCUGCAUCGUUUCAUAUAGCAAUCCACAUAGGCGGAUAAGACUAUAGCAAGUCAAUCAUAGGAUUGCUUUAGGGUAGUCACAAGCAAGAUGUCUGAUAAGCUCUUUGAUUCUCAGUAGACAUAAAGCCCUGUUUGCCUAUAGGAUUUUUCUGAGCUUCUCCAUUUGUUACCAAACGCCACUCUAAGCCAAACCUGGCGAGCCAGCUAGAUCACUCCAUUUUAACAUUUUUUAGCUGACCAUGAGACCUCUUUUCCUAGCUUUCCUUCUCUUUUUCCAUUGCAUUAUUUAAAAGAAAAUUUUAACAUCUUGCGGCAAUCUCGACAAGCUCACCAAGCAAUUCUGGAGCUCUCUAGUCAGGCCAUUAAUCAGCUGGAAUAGUGUUGGGUCUUUGGCUUAAACGUUUAACCCCUCUUAGAUAGCUCCACACCUUAUUAACUUAUUAACCAUCACGUUUAACGUCUCCUACGGGGUUGCUCUUCCAGGACUACCACCACGCUCUCGUCGCUCGGGGCCCACUAGUUGCUGGGACAGCUAGCUUUGAUCUCCAACGCGCGCCUCCUGCGCAAUGUUCCGGCUUCGACGGCUCAUGAUUGAGCUACUUUCUCUGUAACGAGGGUUGUCUGCUGGGAAAUUCCAAAAAUGGAAUUUCUGGCCGACUCUCGGCAAAAGAGGAAAACUUGUAGCCCGGGGCGAAACUCCCGGUUUCUCGCUAGAGAUUUGCCCGAAUGGCCUAGGGAUUACCUGUAGGCGCUGCUGGGCUUCUCCUUUCCAACUCCAAGCCUCCUCUUUCCCUCGAGGUAAAAUCCUAACCCGAGAACGGACUGGGAUCAGGCUCUGUACACUGCCAGAAUUGCUUACCUGAUAUAUUGCCGUCCAUCUCUAGCUAGGCAAAACCUUGCCGGAUAUAAUUAAUAGGGCUCGAAACUGUCUGGCCGAGAGGCCAGACCCAAGUUUGAGACGCCAUAUUUAAUUAUGGAUAGCUCCACACCAAAAAAAUUUACAUUCAGAUAUACACAAACCACCCUCCAUUGUGAGGACAUGCUGCUAAACUAUUUAUAUAUUUUUUCAAACAUACUUAUGAAUAUUCAUACCAAAAAAUUUAAUACAAAUCGCUAA